UUUAUUGUGGUUGUUGAAACUUUAUUGUUCCGCUUGACGGACAGCGUCCGUGCUAGGGGGAAACGAUGCGCUAACUGGAAAAACGGAGGCGAUUCAGGUCGGCCUCGGUAUGUCAGGCAGCCGCCCGCCGCCGCCGCACCACCCUGCGACCGGGCCGGGCGCCACGGGGCCUCCCGGGGCCUCCUCCUCCUCCGCCGCGGCUGCUUCCUCGGUCACCACGUCGGCCUCUUCAGCCACCGCCGCGGCUCCGGGCUCCUCCUCCUCCGCCGGGCUGGGGGUCCCCGCGCGGCCCGUGCUGGUGGCGGCCGCCGUCUCCGGCUCUUCCAGUGGCGGCCUGUCGCGUUUGGCGGGGACGGGUCGCGCCGGGCCGGGGAGCGGCGCCAGCGGAGGGAGCGGCGGCAGCAGCAGGAAGAGGCCGUUGCUCACGCCGCUUUGCAAUGGGCUCCUCAACUCCUACGAGGACAAAAGCAACGAUUUCGUGUGCCCCAUCUGCUUUGAAAUGAUUGAAGAAGCAUAUAUGACAAAAUGUGGGCACAGCUUCUGUUAUAAGUGUAUUCAUCAAAGCUUGGAGGACAACAACAGAUGUCCGAAAUGUAAUUAUGUUGUGGAUAACAUUGACCAUCUUUACCCCAACUUCCUAGUAAAUGAACUCAUUCUUAAACAGAAGCAAAGAUUUGAGGAAAAGAGAUUCAAACUGGACCAUUCAGUGAGUAGCAGCAAUGGCCACAGGUGGCAGAUAUUUCAAGAUCUGCUUGGAACAGAUCAAGACAACCUCGACUUAGCUAACGUUAACUUAAUGCUGGAGCUGCUGGUCCAGAAGAAAAAACAGCUGGAGGCUGAGUCCCAUGCUGCUCAGCUGCAGAUUUUGAUGGAAUUCCUGAAGGUUGCCAGAAGAAAUAAAAGAGAGCAAUUGGAGCAGAUCCAGAAGGAGCUGAGUGUCCUGGAAGAAGAUAUUAAACGAGUGGAGGACAUGAGUGGCUUGUAUUCACCAGUCAGUGAGGAUAGCACCGUGCCUCAGUUUGAAGCUCCCUCACCUUCACACAGUAGCAUUAUUGAUUCCACGGAAUAUAACCAGACUCCUGGAUUUAGUGGCAGUUCUCAGACUAAAAAGCAGCCAUGGUAUAAUAGUACCUUAGCGUCAAGGAGGAAGAGGCUUACGGCUCACUUUGAGGAUCUGGAACAAUGCUACUUUUCCACUAGGAUGACUCGCGUAUCAGAUGACAGCAGAACUUCGAGUCAACUGGAUGAAUUUCAGGAAUGUCUGUCCAAGUUCACACGUUACAAUUCUGUCCGACCCUUGGCAACACUGUCGUAUGCUAGUGACCUUUAUAAUGGAUCCAGCAUAGUGUCCAGCAUUGAGUUUGAUCGGGACUGUGACUAUUUUGCCAUUGCGGGUGUAACAAAGAAGAUCAAAGUCUAUGAAUAUGGCACAGUCAUCCAGGAUGCAGUUGAUAUUCAUUACCCUGAGAAUGAAAUGACCUGUAAUUCCAAAAUCAGCUGUAUCAGCUGGAGUAGUUACCACAAAAACCUGUUGGCCAGCAGUGACUAUGAAGGUACCGUCAUCUUGUGGGAUGGGUUCACAGGGCAGCGAUCAAAAGUCUACCAGGAGCAUGAGAAAAGAUGCUGGAGUGUGGACUUCAAUCUGAUGGAUCCCAAACUGUUGGCUUCAGGCUCUGACGACGCAAAAGUGAAGCUGUGGUCGACCAACCUGGACAAUUCCGUAGCCAGUAUUGAGGCCAAGGCGAAUGUGUGUUGCGUCAAAUUCAGCCCAUCAUCUAGGUACCAUCUAGCCUUUGGUUGUGCAGAUCACUGUGUUCACUAUUAUGAUCUUCGAAACACUAAGCAGCCCAUCAUGGUCUUCAAAGGACACCGCAAGGCUGUUUCAUAUGCAAAGUUUGUUAGUGGGGAGGAAAUAGUCUCUGCGUCAACCGACAGUCAGCUAAAGCUGUGGAACGUAGGAAAGCCACACUGUCUGCGUUCCUUUAAAGGUCACAUCAAUGAGAAGAAUUUUGUGGGCUUGGCAUCAAAUGGAGAUUAUAUUGCCUGUGGAAGUGAAAAUAACUCCCUGUAUCUGUACUACAAGGGUCUCUCAAAGACACUGCUGACCUUCAAAUUUGACACUGUCAAAAGCGUUCUGGACAAGGACCGGAAGGAGGAUGACACAAAUGAGUUUGUCAGUGCUGUAUGCUGGAGGGCACUGCCAGACGGGGAAUCGAACGUGCUGAUUGCUGCUAACAGUCAGGGUACAAUUAAGGUGCUGGAGCUGGUGUGAAAAAACAUGCUAAUCUCAUAUUAGAUCAAGGCAUGGGAUCCUUGAUUGUGCUUUUGUUCCGGAUUCUCAGCGGGGCACAAAGCUGAAGCUAACUUGCUCUUCCUUCUCAGAGUGAUCACAUUGGAGGGGAGGGGGGUUGUUUUUACGUAUUGACACUCUUAGGACACCUUUGGACUCUGGGAAGUACCAGCGAAUUCAGUUCCAUCACCGUUAACUCCACAGACUUUCCUGCUGGUGGUUCUGUAGCUUGUAUGGUUUUUAUGACGAGGAGGGGUUUUUGGAGGAAGGAAACUGAAUUCUUUAAUUGAAAACAGCAGAAAAAGAAAUGAAAUCCGAAGCUACACUUUAUUGGUGAAUCUACAUGUAUGAGGGAAAUGGCCCUAUUGUGAUGCAUAUGGUGAUAGGUUUUACCUUUGUGUGUCAGGAAUGGUUCAAAGGCCUCUGUUAUGGAACCAUCUUCUGGAUUACUACUUUCUAAAUUUUAAUUUGAGGGGCUCAAGUAAAAAAAAAAGAUUGGAUUAGCUUUGUUUUGUUUAGAGUUGUUUUUUGAACCAAGUUAUGUGUCCAGGUAAGUUGACCUCUCCAAAGAUUUGAAGCCCCUUGUGCAACCGACCAGAACAGCCUGUGAGACUGAUGUGAAAAGACUAUUACCUAAAGGCAUGCAGAAGGCUCUUAAUUCCAAAUCCACAUUUUUCCUUGGCCACCUCUCCUGCUUGCCAACUGAGCAAGGAUACCAGCAUUGAUGUGGAUACAUGCUGAUUGGGAAUGGGCCUGACGCCGCUUAAUUAUUCCUCACCACCACUGUGAGCUAUCAAGCUGUCGUGAAAGGACGGUGUCGUGUCUCUUUUGAUCUGAGUUAUGCGGAGAGAAUUCAACUGAAAGCAGAAGCCAAGCAUUUUUUGAAUGUUGUAAUAUAUUUUGGGGGAUAGGCUACGCUAGCCUUAUUUUUUAAUAGCCAUGCAUACUCUUAAUUGUACAAGUGGAGAGAAUGGGGGGAAAUAAACUGUGAUUCCAGGUG